AUGACAGGAUUAGAUUGGACGUGGAGAAAGGACUACAAGGAUUCCAAAGAUGCAAUUGAUUAUAAUGACGACUUUAUAGAAAAAUACUCAACAGAAAACUAUGAAGAUUUCAAUCGCUGGGGAGAUAAAAGAGAUAGAAAACACCUUUCAACUGUUCGUAAUAAAAAUAUUGGAACUGGCGAAAGAAAAACACGGAAGAAUCAACGUACUAUUCGAUUCAGAGCUGGGAAAAUUAAUGGCAACAAAAUUGAAAAAACUAGGAAGCCAUUGAAAACUAUUAAAUAUACAGAGAAAAGUUUUGUCACACAAAAUAAGAACCGUUUUACUAGAAAAUAUUGUGUUGACGUAAAUAACACUCUUCGAGCUCGGCACAAGUCUUGUUUCCUGCGACCAGAUACUGGACCUUGCCGCGCCGAUAUUAUACAAUGGUACUACGAUGCUCGUUUAAAUAAAUGUUUUCGCUUCUUCUGGGGCGGUUGUCAAGGCAAUGGUAACAAAUUCGAAAAUAACAAAAAUUGCAUGGGGUACUGUUUCUUGAAUUCUUCUUUAAGCAAGGACAAAAUGCCCUACUUCUGCAAUCUGCCAUUUGAUUUUGGGACAUGCUUUGGGCAUUACUAUCGAUGGUACUGGGAUAGAUACACAAGGGUUUGUAAACGACGUCUGUACUCGGGUUGCGGUGGCAACCAGAAUAACUUCCAAAGCUACGAUGAGUGUUUCGGCACGUGUGUUAAUAAACCCAACAUCACUAUAUAUAUAGGGGACAAAGGGACAACUUGCUUUCCUAUAGACUAAGUAUUUAUAGUUACCUUGUUCAAAGUCGUUGUCGUUAUAGUUACCUUGUCGUCGUAGGAAACGCAGCUGAAGCUCUACAUUGUAGAAAAUAAUAUUUCCUUCCAAAGACGCUACGCAAUGAAGUACUAAGAAGUAUUUUUGAUUAGGUAAAAUAAUAGUAUUUUAUGCAAUCGUUGCUUAAUAGUGAGUUAGCUGUGUGGUGCUGGCCUAGAAUAGCACCAACCCCCUCUCAUCCUGUGGGUGUCGUAAAAGGUGACACGAAAAUUGCCAGAAGAAGACGGGCAGCAGCGUCUUUUACCCAUCUUAGCCAGAACUGCGAUCGCCAACCCGCCUGGCAAGCAUGGCGAUUAUGGUAAAACCCCCUCCUAUGGUACACACGCCAAAGAAUUAGCCCCUAGUCCCUGGCAGUCGUGCUCUUCCUACUCACGGUAGCGGCUUUGGAAACAGGGCAUGGCAUGCGAAGAAUCUCCGGGGAGACUCGGGGAUUCUUCGACAUCAACGACGACGACUUGACCUGGCAGCCAACAACACGCGCACAUUGAGGACCGCAAAGCUCACAGAAUUGGAAGAAGCUAUUAGUAAGCUACGCUGGGGUAUCAUUGGGCUAUCUGAAGUUCGAAGAGAGGGGAGGACUCGAUAAUUCUUAACUCCGGUUGGGCGACCACCAGUCCCUUGGCGAUGUCGGGUUUAUCGUCCACAAGUCCCUUGUUAACAACGUGAUUUUCAUCGGAAGUGUGUUAACCAGGAUGGCAUACCUGAUACUCAGAAUAUCAAAAUGAUAUUCGUUGAAUAUCAUUUAGGUUUAUGCUCCGACCUCGACACACCGAGAUGACGAAAUGGAGGAGAUCUUAAAAGCCAUGCAUAGCUACAAAACCCACUACACGGUUGGGGCUUCAAUGCGAAGUUGAGAAAGCGUUGCGGUGAUGAGCUGAGAGUGGAUCAAUUUGGAGUUGGGCAACGGAACCCCAGAGGCUGGAUGAUGAUCGUUUUUAUGGAAGAGGAGAACCUCUAUAUGAUGAACACCUUUUUCAGGAAAUCUCCAACUUGAAAAUAGACCUGGAUGAGUCCGGACGGUAAAGUAAAAAAUGAGAUUGACUGUCGACAAAAAAGCAUAUAUUUAAUGAUGUCUCUGUGAUCAACACUGUUAAAACAGGAUGUGAUCACCGGUUGGUACGAGACACAUUGAAUAUCAAUAUCAAGCUUGAAAGAUGUCGACUGAUAAAGUCUACGCUCCGACCAAUAGCUGCACAACUCCAAAACACCGAGAGCUUUCAACUCGAACUUCAAAACCGCUUCGAAGCCCUCGAAAGCAGUAUAGAUGUGAACGAUCUGAACAACAUGGUGGUGGAUACUGUCCGUACGGUUGGGUUCAAGUUUUUCAAAACCCACCGUUUCAGAAUGAAGAAACUCUUCGCCUAAACACUCCAACUCAUGGAACAGAGAUGUGAAAUGAGGCUACAGAACUCAGAGGAUGUAAAUCACUACAGGUGGCUAAAGAGGCAGAUAUAUAAGUUUUUGAUUAGCGACAUUCGCCAAUUUAAUACAGAGUCUAUUAAAGAGGCCAUUGAGCGAAACAAAAGAUCCAAGGUGUUCGCGAGAGAUCUGUGUAUUGGGCAAAGCCAACUGGCGAAGCUGAAAACUGAUGACGGUAGCAUCAUUUCAUCUAAGCCUGAAAUCCUGAGGGAGAUAGAGAGUGCUAUCGACAGCUAUACUCCAGGAAAACACCUGUUCAAAGCGAGGCCGAAGACCCCAGAACCAAGCUUACUGGACAUUAUACCGAAGAUUUCCCCGACAACAGAGAACAACAAAGCUGCGGGCGAUGAUGGAAUCACUACAGAACUGAGGAGAGUGAGGGCGGCAAGCCGAUACUUAAAGUCCUCCCUCCAGAAGCUUUUCAAUUCUGUCAUCGUCGAAGGUCAAAUGCCGAA